CACCUGUAUUAUCAUUUGAUGUUAAAGUAGAAGAAGUGGUGACAUCUGUGGCGUGACGUUUGAAUCUUUACGUGUAAGAUAAAGUUAACCUUUCUGAUUUUUAUUUCGAAGACAGUCAUCAUUCUAAGUAAGUGUCUAGAAAUAACUCUUUCUUCAAAUUCUAAACUUAUAACAAUUAUCUUAUCAAGUGUUUAAUUUGAGGACAUUAUCUAGUUAAAAUUUUGAGUGCAGAAAAAAUAAGAGAUUAGUGAUGGAAAAUAAAAAGUGUUCGAUUGGAUUAUUUAAGAAUGAAAUAUGCUCUGAAGAAAAAUUUAUUAAUUGCAAAGAUUUUUCUGACGAAGAUCAGAUUACUCUGAAUUCUAGAAGUGGUACAGAUGUUAGUUUUAUUUGCUCUCAACAUGACAAACAGUAUCGUAUCAAAUAUACUUCAAAUCAAAAAUCUUGUGCUGAUCCCUUUAAACUUCAUGACAGUAUAGUUCGUAAAUCUUUGAGACCAGUCAGUUUAAAAUUGUUCGAACAGUGUAAGAUUAGGUUACCUUCCAUUAUACCGGGAAGUAAACUAUGCAUUUCGUGUACUAAAAGAGUCUAUAGUGAAUUACCAGAACAUCAAAAUGAAGUUGAAAUAUUUGAAAAAACUGUGAAUGUCGAAGAAAGUCAACUAGUUGAGAGUGUCUCUGAAGAUUCCGUUUCCAAAUCAUCAAAACCAUCCGAAACACCUGACCAAGUAGGAACUCCAAUAUUAAUUCAAAGCCUGGUGGACGAAAAAAUGUCCUCUAAUUUAUCUGAGAACUUGCAGUUGUCAAAUGUGACAACUUCAACAUUUGAAAUGUGCAGCUCAACCGGCGAAACUUUUACACCUACUGAAAUACAUCUAGAUCGCCUUAAUUCUAUUGCCAAAAUUUUUAAUUUAUCUCCUGUAAAAAAAAAAGAUUUAGAUCGAUCAAAAACAUACAAUUAAAAAUAAACAAUUGAACAUUGACGAUACUCCUGAAUUAACCGGAAAAGAAAUAAUAAAUCAGCUAAAAGAAAAAUUUAAUAACUGCAGCAAAGUGAGUGAAAAAUUACAGAUUUUAUCUGUUUUGCCUUUAAGUUGGUCAACAGAAAAAAUUGUUG